AUGGAGGAGACAACCCUCAAGGAGAAGAGAGACGUCGUGCAGGUCGAGUCUGUCGACGCUGAGGCGCACUCCCUCGAGGAGAUGGGCUACAAGCAGGAGCUCAAUCGCAACCUGGGCAUGGUUGCGAUCCUCGGUCUGAGUUUCGCGAUCAUGCUGCUCGGUGUUCCCAACGUCCGGAGGAGUAUACUAUUGGUCUGCAAUGCUGUCAACGCCGAAGUACAGCGCGAUGGCGUCGUAUUUGACGGGCUGGCUCGGUCUCGUCGGCAACUGGACGGUGACGGCGUCGAUCGUGUUCGGCGGCUCGCAGCUUCUUCUCGCGGCCGGCACGCUAUACCACCCCGACUACGUUCCGACGGCAUGGCAGACCUGCCUCGUGUACUGGGUCUCGCUGAUCUUCGUCCUCCUCAUCAACCUGUUCUUCAACCGGUGAGUAAGCGUGGUGCUCGGUGCCCCGUGGCGGCCUUCUCCACUGGACUACCCACUGCCCGCCCCGACCCCCGCAGCACGGGCGAGCUAGGUGGCCCAGGUGGGACGGGACUCCGCUCGGUGGCGCCGUCGUCUGACGUUGAUAGGCCCCCCGCUGACCCCAGCCACCUCGAGUUCCUGAACACGCUCUGCCUGUACUGGACUGGCGCCGGCGUGAUUGCCAUCGUCGUCAGUCUCCUGGUCAAGGCUCCCUCGCGCAACUCGGGUGCCUACGCGUUCGGCCACUUUGAUGCCUCCGCGUCCGGCUGGCCCGUGGGCUGGUCCUUCUUCAUCGGCCUGCUGCAGGCCGCCUACACGCAGACCGGCUACGGCAUGGUCGCAGCGCUGUGUGAGGAGGUGCACAACCCGCGCCACGAGGUGCCGCGCGCGAUGGUGCUGUCGGUCGUCGCGGCCGCAAUCACGGGCAUCGUGUACCUGCUCCCCAUCCUCUUCGUGCUCCGGGACACGGACGAGCUGCUCGAGAUCGCUGGCGCGGGUCUCCAGCCCAUGCCGACACUCUACAAGAAGGUGAUGGGUACGCCCGGCGGCGCCCUCGGUCUUCUCUUCAUCAUCCUCGGAAUCUGGUUCUUCGCCAGCGUCGGCAGCAUGACCGCCGCCCUGAGAUGUACGUGGGCAUUCUCCCGCGACGGCGGUAUCCCGGGGAGCAAGUGGUGGAGGCGUGUGAACCGCCGCUUCGACGUGCCCCUCAACGCGCUCAUUCUGUCCACGAUCGUGUGCGCUCUCCUCGGCCUGAUCUACCUCGGCUCCACCGCCGCCUUCUCUGCAUUCACGAACACGGCGACCAUCUGUCUCGGGUGCUCGUACGCGUUCCCCGUGCUCUGCUCCCUUCUCCGCGGCCGCAAGCUCGUGCGCAACGCGCCCUUCUCGCUCGGCAGGUUCGGGUACGCGAUCAACUCGGUGUGCUGCGUCUGGAUCACGUUCAGCAUUGUCCUUUUCUGCUUCCCGACCGCCAUCCCCGUCACGCCCGAGAGCAUGAACUACGCGUCUGUCGUGUUCGCGGGCUUCUCGACGAUCGCCGCAAUCUGGUACCUUGUCAACGCGAGGAAGUACUACAAGGGCCCCGUCGUGCUCCAGGCUCGUAGGGAGAGCGUGGCGGCCGGGGAGAUUGUUCAGCAGAUCUCGAGGCAGAGCAGUGAUGAGAAGGCGUGA